AUGCAUCAUCGUUACCUUGUGGCGUGCGUGCUUUCCUUUUUACUUCCGGCAUCGUCAGUACUUGCAGAUAAGAGUGCCCAACAAUAUCUCUCCGAAGGCAACCAGUUCUUGAGUACCGGGAAGCUCAAUGAUGCACUGAUCAGCUUCGACGCUGCCAUUGAGCAAGAUCCAAGCAACUACUUGACCUAUUACAAGCGUGCGACAGCUUACCUAUCUCUUGGCCGUACCAAUGCUGCAGUGGAAGAUUUCAGCAAGAUCCUUGGCCUGAAGCCAGACUUUGAGAAGGCAUUGAUGCAGCGUGCACGGAUAUAUGCAAAGGAAGGCGACUUUGAACUCGCUCAGAAGGAUUUAGAAAAGUAUCUUGAAAGCCAUCCAAAGGAUGCUGAAGCCACGACCUUGUUACAAGAUGUGAGCGAGGCAGCAGCAGCAAUGAAGAGUGCUGAAAAGGCAAAGGAAACGAAUCAGUUUGAUGAAUGCAUUCAGUUUACAUCCACGGUGGCAUCCAUUGCACCUCAACUUCCUCGUGUACGUCAAUUACGAGCUCGUUGCCAUAUUGCCAAGGGAGAAAUUGAAGAAGCUGCAGGAGAUUUGACACGUGCUGCCUAUCUUGUUCCUUCCGAUCCCGACACACUUGUCCUUCUUGCCAAGAUAAACUUUUUCUCCUUGGGUGAAUCAGCAAGCGCUCUUUCUCAACUCAAGCAGUGUUUGCAUUAUGAUCCAGAACAAAAGCAAUGCAAAAAGCUUUUCCGACAAAUCAAAAAGAUCGACAAAGAACUCAACAAAGCACAAGAUGAUUUCAAUGCCAAACGAUAUGCAACAGCAUCCAAUAAGAUUCUUGGCACAUCAAGGGCAUCUGGCAUUGUACAAGAAUUGGACGAGCCUUUCAAUGCAUUAGAAAAGGAAUUGAAUGCUGAAGGAAAGAUGCCCAAACGUCUUCAUCUCAAGUGCUAUGACAUGGCAUGCCGCAUUCAGGGCGAGAACCGCAAAGACACAGACAAGAUUCAAAAGUGGUGUUCGGCUGUCCUUGAAAUGGAUCAAGACAAUGUGGAUGCGUUGAUGUAUAGAGGCGAAGUAUACCUGAAGCAAAACGAGUUUGAACAAGCUGUACGGGAUUUGGAGAAGGCCAACGAAUUGAGUGGUGGUGGCAACGGCCGAGUACGACAGGCAUUACAAAAGGCACAAAAUCUGCUACGACAAAGCAAACGUCGAGAUUACUACAAGAUCUUGGAUGUCCCACGAGAUGCUGAUACACGACAAAUCAAAAAGGCAUGGCGUAAAAAGGCACAUGAAUGGCACCCAGACAAAUACAGUGGUGAUCUAAGCAAGGAAGAGGUCGAAAAGAAGAUGGCUGAAAUCAACCAGGCGUAUGAAGUGCUCGGAGAUGAUGAAAAACGGGAACAGUAUGACAAUGGGUAUGAUCCAUAUGAUCCAGAGAGCGCACAAGGUGGUCCUGGUGGUGGUCCUGGUGGUGGAUCUCCUUUCCAUGGUAAUCCCUUUGCUCACUUUCAGGGCGGAUUUCCAUUUGGUGCUGGUGGCGGCUUUCCUGGUGGCGGUGGUGGAGGUCCUUUCACAUUUAAGAUGCAGUUCUAG